CGAAGCGCAAGAUGGCGGCGGAGAGCAUGUUCAACCAGCCGGUGUGUGUGCAAGUGAGGUGCCAGGGCUGCGAGGAGAGGAGAUUGAAUGUUCGAGUGAAUAUUGAACUACUGUCAAUUUCUAAUCCUGUUCAUAAAAAGGAUUUAGCUGUUCGAUUGACUGAUGAUACUGAUCCUUUCUUCCUUUAUAACCUUGUCAUAUCUGAGGAAGAUUUUCAAAGUUUAAAAUCCCAGCAAGGUCUCUUGGUAGACUUCUCUGCUUUCCCACAAAAAUUUAUAGAUCUGCUUCAGCAAUGCAUUCAGGAACAGAACAAAGAUAUCCCAAGGUUUUUGCUGCAGUUAGUUUCUUCAGCAUCUGUUCUAGAUCACACACCUGUCUCCUUAAAUGUAGUGGAGACCAACCCUUUUAAACAUCUUACCCACCUCUCUCUAAAAUUCCUACCAGGAAAUGAUGCAGAAAUAAAGAAGUUUUUAGCCAGCUGUUUGAAAUGCCUUAAGGAAGACAAAAUGAUGUUGGAAGAAAAGCUUAGAAAAACUGAAGAGGAUCUUACCAGACAACUGAGCUACACUCAACAGAGCUUGUCAGAGAAGAGCCGAGAGCUAGACAAACUGAAAAAUGAAUGGACAUCAUACACUACAGCUCUAAAUAACAAACACACACAGGAGCUGACAAGUGAAAAGGAAAGAGCUCUCCAGGCACAAGCUCAGUACCAACAACAGCAUGAACAACAGAAAAAGGAAUUAGAAAAUUUGCAUCAGAAAAGUAUUCAACAGUUGCAGAACAGACUCUCGGAACUUGAGGUCAUCAAUAAAGAUCUGACAGAAAGGAGAUACAAAGGAGAUUCCACAGUCAGAGAACUGAAAGCAAAGCUUUCUGGAAUAGAAGAUGAAUGUCAAAGAGCAAAGCAGGAGGUGCUGUCACUGCGUCGAGAGAACACUACUCUGGAUGCUGAAUGUCAUGAAAAAGAGAAACUCAUUAAUCAGCUACAGACACGGGUUGCUGUUCUGGAGCAAGAGAUCAAAGAUAAGGAUCAGCUAGUUCUUAGAACAAAAGAAGUAUUGGAUGCAACACAAGAACAAAAGGUGGUACUGGAAGAGAGUACAGAGAAAAAACAAAGUCAUAUUGAAAAAUUAGAGACAACAAUUAAGUCGCUGUCAUCUGAACUUCUUAAGGCUAAUGAAAUUAUCAAGAAGCUACAAGGAGAUUUGAAAACUCUAAUGAGUAAAUUAAAAUUGAAAAAUACUGUAACAAUUCAACAGGAAAAACUGUUGGCAGAAAAAGAAGAGAGACUUCAGAAAGAGCAGAGAGAAUUGCAGGAAAUGGGACAAUCUCUUCGAAUGAAAGAGCAGGAGGUUUGCAAGCUACAAGAACAGCUAGAAAGUACAGUACAAAAACUAGAAGAAAGUAAGCAGUUACUGAAGACCAAUGAAAAUGUAAUCACAUGGUUAAACAAGCAGCUGAAUGAAAUUCAGAUGGCAAAGAAGCCAGAGACUUCAGCCAGUCCUCAGGGUGGUGUUCGGGCUGCCCUUUCACCUCAUGGCAUGCCUGACCGACCAUCCUUUCCCAGCUCAGGAAUCAGUCAUCCCAUUUCUCCUCUCUAUGCCUUCCAGAACUUUCUAGAACCAGCACACAACAAAAAUGUCAGUUUACAAUGUCCAGUACCAAAGAUUCAGUUUAACCCACAGCUCUCUAAAAUGAAUCGAUGUUCAGAAGUUCAGACUGUGACUGCAACUAGUCAUCCAGCAAACAAAGAGAAUGGUGAUAAUUUGGGGCUGGAAUCAAAGUAUUUCAAGAAAAAAGAUGACAGCAUUCCUUUACAAGGGCUUAGUCAAAAUACACUUAACUCAGAGUAUCUGAAACCGUACAUGUCAACAAAAGCCCAACCGUCACCAAAAGCAGCAGUAACACUGGCCUCCGCUUAUUUUCCUGGAUAGUAGACGGGGUUCUUAACGUAAGAUUCCUCUUUUAACCUUCUGGGGGAUUUUUGGAUGUCCUGUAAUAAUGUAUUAGUAAAGUAUCAGUGUGAAUGGAUGUAAUUUUCUAAGUCUGAAUCUGUUUUCUUUGAGAAAGACAUCUUGACUGACUGGGGUGGCCUUUCAGUGUAUGUGAGCCCAUUCGGUAAAGAUAAAGCUUUAAGCAGCCUCAGCCUUGGUGGGAACAAGACUGUAAGUGAUGUCGCUGAGGCUGUGCAGAAUUUUCUUUUGGUAUAUUGGAGACCCUGUUGUGUUCCUAAACCCCCCUCGAAGUGCAGACUUUUAUUAUAGGAACUGACAGGUGUGUGGAUGAAGUGUGCUCUAGCAUUCCCUGAGAGAGAUUUCUCUGAAUGCUUUUCCUGACUCCUUUCAGAGAAAGGAUGAUACAGAUAGAAAGCACUGGAGAACUGGGUUGGGUGAUGCUGUCAAUUUUGGUAAUAGUCAAGCUCAUAAGUUCGCAUGACUUGCCUCACUAAUCCUCCCUUACAGUUUUAAUUUUAAAAACUUGCAUUUUGGAACCAACUUGUUGGAAUUGUGCAUAGACUAAGAAAUAACCUAAUUAAAGAAAUUAUUUCACUGAAGGUAUAAAAUUAGAAUUUCUCCCUCUUGGUUCCCCUAACUUUUCUGUGAAUCUGUCAGUAUUACGUUCCCCAGGUCACUGUGUGCAAAACAUUGUAAGAUGAAAUAUCUGAACAGGUAAUUGACAGUAUCACAACAUCUAAAAGCUAUUUUAUUUUUACUAAUCAUACUUUACAACUGAAAGAGUGUACAGAAAUGUAAGAUAUUUUGACACUCAAGCUUAGGUACACUGAGUCUAUUCAGCCUGUUUUACUACCCAGGUUCAAAGGCUAGAAUUGUGUAACUACAGCAUUCUGUGCCAUCUUUGAUUUGGUGAAGUAUUUGUAACAUACAAAAUAGUAAUUUAAAGUCUAUUUACAGACUUUUACUGUUAAAGAUAUUUCAGACCUUUUACCUUGGUUAAGUGGUUUGUUUUGCUGUGCAAAAUGUGUACAUUUGUUUAUAAAUCAGCACCAUGGUAAUUAAUGUAUAUUCACUUGUUUGGGCAUGUGUGAGUUUCAAUGGAAAUAUUAAAUGGUUUUUAUCAAAGACUAAGUGAUGUUGUAAGGGUACUAAACCACCCUCUCCCCUGUACUGAAACCCCAAGACGAAGUAAGUGCCAGAAGGGUACUGUUUUCUUCACCUUACCUUUUUCUGGAGUUUUCUUCCCAGUGUCUUCCUUUCCUCAUGCAAGGCCAUGCUCUGGGACCAGCACUGUGGUGCACGUACAAUCCCCUGGUGGCACCAACCCCCUUCUAAAGGUCUGUGCUUAUGCUACUAUUUACAGUUAAGUUUUAGUAGAUGUAAAUUAAUGUGAACUCUGUCUGCUUCUCUCAAAGUACACAGAAUCUGCUGUCAAACAGGAAGCUGAUGAUUGAAAUGCAGCAGCUUUCCAGAUGUCCCAGUCCUAUUCAAAUCUAAAGCAAGACAAGGGUGGUGGCU